AGCAAUGUAAGGUAUUGGCUUUUGUAUUAUUAAAAGCACAAAAGAGAUUGAGUACGAGUUUGCAUUGUAUUGCUGAAGCACGUAGACAUGCUUUAAGAAAGUUUUGAUAUUAACAUGAAGAUAGAUCGACCAUCUGUCUUUACACUUUGUUGUAAAACAUUCUUUUGCUUGCAUCGCAUGUAUUCUCAAUAUCUGCAUUAAGUCAUUUUCUUCUCUGAAUUAUUUAUCACUAAACACAUUGAUUUUUUAUAUUCUCAUGUUCUAUAACAUGUAUUUUUAAAUAAAUAUUUCCUAUCUGCCAUGUUUUGUUUUUUUCAUUUUUCACUAAGCAGAGUUAUUGAAAUUGAAACCUAUAAAAGUUAUUUCCAUUGCGUUUAUCGUGGAUACACGCUUUCUUAGGUUUCGCGCGGUUGUUUGUGUGGACUUUCUGAUGACUAAAUAAUGUAAAAAUGUGUAUAAAAAAAUAUGAGUCAUAAUCUUUUCGAGUAGUUCUGGCAUAAUAUCCACCUUGUUUUAUUUCUAUUUUAAUUUUGACUAACACCAAUCUAGUGAAUACUAUAUUUAAGAACAAAGACAAUGUUUUUAUGGACUGGUCACUUCGCACAACCUGAAGAACCCAACAAUAAGCGACCAGUUAUUAAUGUUUCCAAACUAACGCCACUGGCCAGUGACAAGUUCAAAGCUGUAAACGCAUUGGAUCGAGAACUGUCUGAUGCGGUUUCCUUUCAAUAUCCGAAACGGAAUGGCUGGUUUUUAACUUGCAAAAAUGACACGUGCUUCAUAGAACCUAAAAAACGGACAAUUAGUUUUGAACGCCAAAGUUCCUUCUUCCCGCUCAUCAAUUUUUGGUAUGAAGGCUACACCGUGUUCGAAUCAACUGUGAAAGCUGGAUGGUAUAUACGACGAACACGAUCAAACUUAAAACUUGAAAAAUAUGACGGAACCGAAGACUUUAAAAAGGAUGCAAGUUUUAAAGUGAAUAAACCAGAUAAUCAAAGAGAGACAAUAAACCGGCCUUCAACCUCGAAUUCGUGUAGAACAUGUUGUUGUUCAAUUUGUGACAGCCAAUCAGAUUUCUGUUACAGCUGUCAAACUCAAUGUUUAUGUAAAGAAUGCGAAACUUUAGCAAAAAUGAGUACUGCUGAUAGAAAAGAUGAAGAGCAAUGUAAUAAAUCAGAAUAAAUCCGGAUAAAUUGGAACCUAAUUGGAAGAUAUAGUGUUAAUACCGAGACGCAGCAACAAGGAUAAUUUGUCAGCCACACACAAGUAGGAUAAACUUUACUGAAGAUAAGAUACGUUUACAUGUAUGAUCUAACGUGACACACAUCGCAAAAUCUUUGGAGUCUUUAGG